CGUUGGCAAGGGUGGACUCUCACCUAGCUGAUGGAUUAAUCUGUUUUUGAGAUUAUUCUUUUAGCAACAUCACCCAUCUGAUGAAGGACAUGGCCUCCGUUUCCUACAUCCUACGAGCCUGGAGUUUGCUCUUCCUUCAUGGCUGCAUCACAGGUUAUCCCAACCAAGCAAAUUCUGAGCAGGAAGACACAAGAAACUGUAUGAUCAACCCACCGUACCUGCCUCCCACGGUGACUAUGACGGGCGAUCGGCUGAAGACCCUCCGUGAGCACAUGCAAUCCAACAACCUUGCAGCCUAUAUUGUCCCUACCACAGAUGCACACUUGAGUGAAUACAUCGCUGAACGGGACAAGAGGCUCACUUGGAUGUCAGGCUUUUCAGGAUCAGCAGGAACUGGCGUGAUCACCCUACAGAAAGCUGCCCUCUUCACAGACAGCCGCUACUGGAUCCAAGCUGAGCGUCAGAUGGACUGCAACUGGGAACUGCAGAAAUCGGCGUGGACUGACGCUAUUGGACAAUGGAUACUCAAUGAAGUUCCUACUGGGGAAAGAAUUGGACUGGAUCCCUUCCUCUUUUCUAUUGAUAAUGGGGAAGACUAUUACCAGAUCCUGGAAGGUGAAAAUAGGACCUUUGUUCCCCUUGAAGACAAUCUGGUAGAUCUCGUGUGGGGCACCCAGCGGCCUCCUCCACCCACCAACAUAAUCUACCACCUCUCAGACGACUUCAUUGGAAGUACAUGGCAAGAGAAGAUUGCCAAUAUCCGGAUGCAGAUGGAACAACACAGCAAGAAGCCCACAGCAGUCUUGCUCUCUGGUCUUGAGGAGACGGCAUGGCUCUUCAAUCUUCGAGGAGAUGACAUUCCUUACACCCCUGUCUUCUAUGCUUACACUCUUCUCACCAAGACAGAUAUCAGUCUGUUUGUGAACCGGAGUCGCCUGAGCACCGAAGUAGUCCAGAUGCUGACGACAGAAUGCCCAGGAUCUCUGUGUGUGAAGCUGGAAGACUAUGGCCAGAUAGGUGCCAGCGUGAGAAAAUAUGCCCAGCAGGACGGGGUGGUCAUCUGGAUCGGAACAGAGUACACAACUCUGGGACUGUAUCAGGAGGUCCCAGAAGAAAAGCUCUUGAAAAAUAAUUUCUCUCCUGUCAUGCUCGCCAAGGCUGUCAAAAACUCCAAGGAGCAGAAGCUGAUGGAAGCAGCACAUAUACGAGACGCCGUGGCACUGAUCCGGUAUUUGGUUUGGCUGGAAAAGAACGUGCCCAAGAACUCUGUGGAUGAGGUGUCUGGUGCACACUACCUGGACUCAUUACGUAGGCAAGAGACACACUGCAAGGGGCCCAGCUUUCAGACGAUCUCGGCUAGCGGCUUGAAUGCAGCACUGGCUCAUUACAGCCCGUCCAAUUUCACCUCCCGAAAGCUGUCUCGGAAUGAAAUGUACCUGGUGGAUUCUGGGGGCCAGUAUUUCGAUGGGACAACAGACAUCACCCGGACCAUCCACUGGGGGGAGCCCACAGCUUUUCAAAAGGAAGCCUACACACGAGUGCUGAUGGGAAAUAUUGACUUGAGCCGGCUUGUCUUUCCACCCAAAACCUCAGGAAGAAUGGUGGAACUUUUCGCUCGCCAGCCCUUGUGGGAAGUUGGGCUGAACUAUGGCCAUGGCACCGGUCACGGCAUUGGCAACUUCUUGUCUGUUCAUGAGUGGCCUGUAGGGUUCCAGUCCAACAAUAUUCCUUUGGAUAAGGGGAUGUUCACCUCCAUAGAGCCUGGUUAUUACCAUGAUGGUGAAUUUGGAAUCCGUCUCGAGGAUGUUGCGCUUGUGGUACAAGCUACGACCAAGUAUCAAGUGCACGAAGAGCCCUACCUGACAUUCAAGGUGGUGUCCCUGGUGCCCUACACCCGGAACCUCAUUGAUGAGAGCCUUCUCUCCCAGGAUCAGAUCCGGUACAUCAAUCAGUACUAUGAGACCAUCCGUCAGAUCAUUGGGCCUGAGCUGCAGAGGCGUCAGCUGGAGGAGGAAUACCGGUGGCUGGAGCAGAACACACAGCCUUUUUCUCAUGCCACACUGCUGGCAGCUUCUCUAGGCACCUUGGCAGUGAGCACACUGGCCUCUACCAUUCUGCCAGCAGCACAGCAUUGAUCCAGGAGCACUCCCCAACCUCCUUCCUCCUCUUUGCCAUAUGACUCUACUCUCAUUGUAUGGUCCACCUUGACCCAUAUCUCACAGGCUGACAUUUCAGGCCUCUAUCAAGCCUUCUUCCCACCACAGUUGGGACCCCCACAAUCUCCUGCAUCUGUUUCCAGGCCAGGAACUAUAUAAAUACAUUCUCUGUUUCUCUCCUGGACCAAGCCUUGGUAGUCAAGGUGGAGUAGAGGCCAAAAGAAGGAAGGGGAGAGAGUAUAAUUUUAAGGUUCACAAAGUUGAGGUCUACUGGAGGGCAGUAGGUUGGGGAAGGCUGACUCAGAGGAUUAAUCAUUAUUUGGUGCACAUACUAAGAACAUAUGAAGAGACAAUGGUAUGUCUGUUUGGUAUCACACAGUGCCUUACACUCACAAACAUGGACCUGCUACAUUCACAAGCCUGGGUAGUAGUACUCCAGUUCCUAUUGACAGGAGACCAUUCAGGAGGAAAUUGCCAUUAAUAGUCCACUCCUCCGUGAACUGAUCCAGUCCUCUUUGAAAACCAUCCCGAUAGGUGCUUCUAAUAAAGUAACAUCUAAAGAAUUUAA